UAAAUACUGGAGAACAAACCCUUUAUCACUCAAUUCCAGCAUCGUUCGAUACACCAGACCAACCCCUAAAUCAUGGCGCGAAGCGAGGACACCAAAGCCCAGAAAACUUCCAACAAAGUCGAACAAUUCUUCAAAAAAAAUAUUUUAUUAAACCGUCGGCCUAUUCGACCAUCUAGGAAGAUUUUGGCAGCCAGUGGCGCUGUACCAAGCUCCAAGAGCGCUGCCUCAUCCCAGCACGCUUCCGGCACAUCGAGGGCUACUGCAGCGGCCUCAAAGUUCCUGGAAACGGUGCUCGCGACUGCCGAUCCAAUGGACGUCACCCAGGAAUCCAUCUCUGAUCAGUACCGUCUCAGGGUCGAGAAGCUGCCGAUAAGCAAAAUCGAAGAAACGGACGAGGUGGAUGAAUUUAAAGCAUCCAACGACACAUGGCGACUCAUUGAAUUGGCUGCUGAGAGGUCGGUGGCAGCAUACUCAGACUCGCCGGACUCGGGGUCAGGUCUCUCCGUGUUCGAGCUGGAGCCCAGAGGAGACUCAAAGAGGGUCCUUGCGACAAUUAAGGGCACUGUGUUAGUUGUAUCUAUCCGUGGAACAAUGAGCAAAAUGGACUGGAUGGUCAAUGGGAAUGGCGAAGCAGUCUCUGCACAGAAUCUCGGAGACCCAGCAGCCAGAUACCACAAGGGCUAUCUUACUGUCGCCGAAGCGAUGCAGGGACAGCUUGCCGAAGAAAUCCAUUCAGCUGUGACGACGCUGUACACUCAGCGAGAGUUGCCAGGCGAUAUGGAGCUCUUGUUCACAGGCCAUUCGGCUGGGGGUGCCAUGGCCCAACUAUUCUAUGCCAUGGCGAUGGAGUCCUCGCAUCGUGACAUUGCAACCAUAGUACAACACUUCCAGCAGGUCCAUUGUAUAGUAUUCGGCGCCCCGCCGAUUAUAACCAUCCCCAUUCCCCGGCCCAGAUCUGCCCCAUUUGUGUUAGGCAAGUUCCUGAGCAUUGUCAAUGAAGAGGACCCCGUCCCGCUGCUUCAAGCGAGCUACCUACCGGCUAUGAUAGAGGUGUUCGUCCUGAGUCCCAAACAGCUCGCGGCAAAGUACCCCGACGGGUUCACGGUUCCCGAUCCCGUCUUCCGUGCCAGCGGUCCCUGCGUUGUUCUCCGUGAUAUUAAACGUUCUGAUUUGGAUAAAACUGUGCUUGAUGCGGUGGAGAUACGCGGGGAAGUGCUAGAGCGCAAACUGUUUGGAAAUAUCGCGGCGCAUGGGAAGGAGGAGUAUUUGAACAGAUGCAAGAUGCUGCGCUCCAGUAUGAGUAGCUGAUCGGGCUUACAUAGGGCUAGCUAGCCAACUACGGGUGAACGUGCGGUUGAGGAUGGAUGAAGGGAAGAUAUCAAUACAUGAUCGCAAAGUACUAGUGGACAUUAUCAGAUAAAAUGGCACCGAUUUCCCAG